AUUUGUAAUGGGGGUCAUUAUGUCUAGGUUAUGCUGCAGCUGUAUUUCAGUUUGGUAUUAACAAAAACAAAAAAACGUAUCACAAUAAGCUGGUCUAAUGAUGCUGAGGGUGUAAAUGUUUGUCAGGCUCAGUCAAAGGAUGUAAUAAUGGACUUGAGUGAAUAACGCAUAAGGCUUCAUCGCAGUGAUUGAAAUGCAUGUAUGGAUGAUGUGGUGUCCACUGCCUCAGCAGCGUCUGCGCACAGUACUGGAGCAUAAAGCCAAGCUGACGGACGCACAGCCGCUCUCCACACGGACUGAAGGGACUGCGGUGCAGCUGGAGGAGAAAUAAGAAGAAGAUGUCAGUAGCAGUGAAGAGAGGAAUCAGCGCUAAAGCCGAGUCCAGAAAAUGCGCAGGGCGUUUCUGGAGACUCUUUCCUCACCUUCUGCUGUGUCUGUCCCUGGUUGCAUACGCAGCGCUGGGUGCGCUCAUGUUCGAGCACAUUGAGGGAAAGAGCGAGUUAUAUUUACCGGACGAGUACCAUGACUUCCUUCGUCAGAUUAUCAGUACCGUCCAGAACCUCUCCAAAAACGACUCCUCCACACCUCCAAACAUAGUGGAGGAAGUGGAGACUAAGAUGCGUGAGUUCAAGUCCAUAUGGUUUCAGAGACCUGACAGAUGGAAUUUUUUUGGCUCUAUGUUCUUCUGCUGCACUGUAUUCACAACAGUUGGGUAUGGGGAGAUCUAUCCCGUUACCUUGACUGGUAAGGUGGUGUGUGUCUUGUAUGCCAUGGUGGGCAUCCCUCUCAUGCUUUUGGUCAUCCUCGAUGUGGGAGACUUCCUUGCUAUGCUGAUGUCCAGGGCCUACAUGCGCAUUCACACCCUCUGCAAAAUCCUCCGCUCCCACACCUGGUCACCAUGGAAGGCUCAGAGGACAGCAAGGGACUCAAGCAACCAGGCCCUGGAGGAUGGUACCUUUUUUUACAGCCAUGACGUUGUGAUCCAUGCGCCCCUCGAUAUCCGGCAGGUACUUCACAGCCAAGCAGAUGUACGGCAAAAGUCCAUCCAACUCCAAAACAACAAAGAGAUCUUUGAGAAGAUUCUCGCCAGGGAGAAUUUACUUAGAAAGAGCCCACUGCUCAGGACCCUCUCCUGCCCAGAGCUAGACCGGCUGCCACUACCACCCAAAGGAUUUGCCAUUUGGGACUUCACAGGGUUAGGGGAUGGAAUGGAAAUGCUGGAUGUACCCUUUGUACUGAUUCUUUUCAUCAUGAUUGCCUACAUUUCUUUUGGCGGUUUCAUUUUGCCAUUGUGGGAAAAUGAAUUGAAGGGCUUUGACCCCUACUACUUCUGCUUUAUUACACUCACUACUAUCGGUUUUGGCGAUAUUGUGCCAAAUCACCCUAAGUACUUCAUGCUUACCUCACUCUUCAUUAUUGUCGGCAUGGCCAUCAUGACCAUGUCUUUCAAGCUAGGGCAAACACGGAUUGUAAGCUGCUACCGCCAAUGCAUCAAAUUCAUCAGCAGGGGAAAUACGGAGACUUUCAAAAAAUUAAAAGAAUGACUAAGUAACCAAGAGAUUCUCUGUCUCAUGUCUAAGAGUUGUAUAAGCUGGUUUUGACACAUUUUCAAAGCAGGGAUGUGUGGGAACUUUUCAAGUGUUAUUUGUGCUUUCUGUACAGUUAUAAGCUAAAUAAAAAGUGUGCAUGUGCGAAACGCAUUUGCCCAGUGAAGGAGAGUGAUAUUCAGAAUGAGUUACAGUAUCUUGCCAUGGAAUGAGUAUUAGUACUAUUUGAUAUUCUGGCAAUUGUUCUGCCGUACAGGACUACAGAGGGCAGACAAAUAGUCUUUCUAUUUAUAUUUCUGCACUUUGUCACUGGCUGGCACUCGUUAUAAUUUGGAAAACCCAAAACAUAUGUAGAACGAGGUCUAAAAGUGUGCUUUAGGUAAUAGUCAACGAACUGCAGAACACAAAAUACGUAUUGUAAACAGUGACACUAAAGAAGAUCCAUUUUAAUUUGGGCUUUAAAACAAUAAAAUGCACGGCUUAAGGGUAGGCUACACAAACCCUUCCUGACAUAUGGGGCAACACACACAUUCAUUUAUGCUCAGUGACAUUCAUCAUGUUUGCGCUGGUCAUUUACAGAGUUAGGAGCGUUUGCUGAAUCUGACAUGGCACACUCAAACUAUUAAUUAAUAUGAUAUAUUCUGCAGGGGUUUUGCACUUUAUUUUGCAUUGUAGAAUUGUUAUUAUUUUAUAUAUAUAUAUAUAUAUAUCAUGUAUGUAUGUAUGUAUCAGAGGUGGAGUGGGUCGUUUUCUAAUCAGAAGAGCUGCAAUUCAAUCCCGGGCUCCUCCAGUCCAUUUUGAACUGUCUUGGUCAAGACACUUAAACCCAAGUUAAAUAAUAACCACAACAUAUGAGUUUAACCACUUGCAAUAGCAAAAUGACAUAAAAUGGUGGACUAAUGUACAUAAUGGAAAAGGGUGCACAAUCGAUGGAUGGAUGAUGUGGCCUUCUCUGAUCCCAUUACAUCCUGUAACUUCCUCUCAGUUUUAUCUUUUUAAAUCAUCACCAUAUGCAUCAUCAUCAUACUGUGUAGUUUAGCUUUCAAGUUAGUGUGCAGACUUCUGCCACUAAAGCAUGUUCCUGAUUGCCUCUUGUAUUCCAGCAACUGCCCAAAGGAGUUUCAUGGUUUUACUCGCAGCACUACUCAUGAUAACCCCCCCCUCCCCUCCCCUGCCCUGCAUGUUAGAUUACUACAGAUCACAAGAUAUCAGUCACAUUAUUGGGGGGUUAGUUAUGCCGCUUUACAUUUCUCAUUAACAAGCAUUCAUCAAUGCACAAGUUGCAUUCAUCAUGUCCAUGCUGGUCGUUUACGGAGUUAUCUGAAGUUAGGAGCGUUUGCUGAAUCUGACAUGGUACACUUGUACACAGUUGUUUUAGUUUGAUGCAUGAACAACCAUCAUUUGGUGUUAAUAUGUAUCAGAAAGCAUGCCCCUCUUCACCUGAUGACAUUAAAAACCAGAUUACAGAUAUUUUAUUGAUGGACAAUUUUGAAUCAAUGGACAAUGCAGGCCUACAGAGAAAACAGGUUUGACCAGCUGGGCUCUUGAAUCUGUCUUUCUUUGACAUUAUAUGGCUUUAUUACAAAGUGACUGUGGAAAGAUGAGAGGAUAUGAGGCCAGAUAGAUAUGACUGACAUGCUGCAGAGAUCCUCCGCAAGACUCGGAUCGGGGACGCUGAAAACCUGAAAACCUUCCACUUCUGAGGGAGAGUCUUAAUUUAUCACAACAUUUUCUGUGGGAUUGGAACAAGUUUUCAUUACUUUAAAAGAAAGAUUUUCAGUAUUUAGUGUUUUUCUCUGUGCUCUUCUUAAUGAUUUGAAGUG